AUUUGCUAGCAUUUCUGAAUAUUACAAACUCCUCCUCCUCUCUCUCUCUCUCUCACACACACUCUCUCUGCCUACUGAAUUUUAUUGCUACACAAUUUUAAUUUCCAUCAGACCAAAAAAAUGAAGCAAAAGGUGGUUAUCAGAUUAUAUUUGAGUGGGUGUGGUCAGAAAUGUCGGGGCAAGGCCUUCAAAAAAGCUGUCUCUCAGCCUGGUAUAAAUACGAGGACAAGAUCAAUCAAAAUUGUAAACUCACAACCUCCUAAGUGUCGAAGACAAUCAAAAAAUUCCAAAGGAGAAGUUUUAAGAAGAGGGAACAAUGAAGACAAAGGUGGUUGUUAAUGUGUCAGUGAAUGGAGGUCAAUCUCGUCCAAGUAAUUGGAAGCGUAUUUUUUGUUGCCUGGUUCAAGACACUUCAUGCAAGGAUAAGGCCAAGACAAUUGCAGCAACUUUACCAGGGGUGGAGAAUGUAAGUAUAGAAGCAGCAAAUAACUUGUUGACAGUGAUAGGAGUGGGAAUAGACACUGUAGAGCUGGUGAAUAUACUUAGGAAGAAAGUUGGAUUUGCUACUGUUGUGAGUGUUGGUCCAGCGGAUGAAAAGAAGAAUGAAGACAAACCUGCUGAUGACAAGAAAGAACAGCCAGUUCCAGGAGUUUAUUGUUGUAAUAAUAAUCAAGUGCGCCCUAUGGUUGAGGUGUUUGAAAUUAGAGAUUCUUACUAUUACAACAACUCAUGCUAUCCUUGGUGAUAAACUCAGAUUAAAAUACGAAGAAUUAUAGUAUAUUAUGAAGGUAUGGUGAUUGAGUAAAAAAAAAAAGUAUAGAAAAAUUGAGAUUGAUUCCUUAUAAGCACAUUAAUUAUCUUCUUGUCAAUUGUGUUGGGUUGACAUCUAAUGUGUUGAACUUGUAGUGGUUCCUGGAGUGCUUACUUUUGUACUUAGCAGAGCUGAAAUUAAUUAAGUGUAAUACACAAUUUUCCCAAUUUGCUUCAACAAAUAUGUGAUGGUGUUAAUGGUGUGAAAAUUUCUCCAAGAUUAAUGCCAUUCAUAUAUCCUCCGUGGUUUCAAAUGAAACUCUAUAUGCACUUUAAUUAGCAUGAGCCGUAUUCAAGUGUCAAGAGUGUUACUGCUACAUUAUUUCUUUCGCAACUAAUAAUGUUCCGGUAAGAGAUAGUAAUAAGGAAUUGUUAUAACAAUAAAAAUUACGUCCUUGCACUUAAUUUUUUAUAUGGCCGGUGUUUGGUUUUAUCGGGUGCAAAAUUUAAGGGGGGAAAACUAUAUUUUUAGCACAUAAAAACUUAUUCUCCAACCAAAUGACCCAAAAAUUUGAUUUUAAACAUAUCAUGACACAUUUUGCUUAAUGGCAAAGAGAGUCUGUCAAUUUCAAUGGUAAUAUUGAUGUAACAAACCAGCUCAUGCUUAUCCAAAGGGAGCGGCUAUAUUAAUUGCACGUACGAGGUCAACAGUUUUAAUUCCUACGCUUAUUUGCUCCAACUACAAGUCAUCUUUGCAUUAUGUUCAAACUGGGUCCUAAUUUUAGGCCUAUUAUAUUAGAUAUUCAUUAAAAAAUCAAAAUAUAUGGAAAGACAAACAUUUGAUAAGGAAAAAAAGGAAGAAACAUACUAAUAAUUUUCUGUAUGAAAAUUUUCCUUUUGCUUAUUCCUUUUCACAAAUCAGGACCACUAGUAGUCUUCAGGUAAAUUUCUUCGACAUUAAAUUUCCGAGUAAUUCUAGUCCAAAUGUUAAAGUACAAAACACGGUUAUUUGAUUUGCUUGCUAUUACAGUCGAUGUUUCAUUUAAAUUACCAUGAAGUUAUGACUUGACUUGCAAUCAAUAUAUGUGACAAAAUAGUAGCGUAUG